CCUCAUUCUCUCCAACAUCUCGCAAAAUAUCAUUACCCCAAAACAAGCAUUUGUAACUGCCCAUUUGGAAGACUCGGAUCAAUGGGGUCUUAUUCCAUCAUGUGGAUUGGUCAUGCAGUGGUGUGGGGCACAACAAGAGCUAUAGUCCACGGUUGGUAACAUUCGUAUAUUAUUACAUGGUCGUUUCCCACGGAAUUCGAACUUAGGACAAGAACCAUCCGCUGGACGGAUUGCCGAACUAUAAGGACGUUCCCCCCCGGAGUGGUCCGCACUGGGAUUAUAAUGCGAUUGUAGUUUGAAACAGUUGCGAGUAACCAUCGCGCGCGUUCAUUUCAAAUCCGUAGAAGAGGAAUCGAGAUAUACAGACAGUAUGGCAACAUCAAUAGAUCUGAUAAACCAAGCUCCAGAGGGAACCAAGCUAUGGUUUCUCCACCUUGGGAACCUCGAAUGCGAUGAAGGAUGGCUCAAACGCGCUGGCAACACCUCCUCCCUCUCGAACCCCAACCCCACGAACCUCCGCCGCAAACUCAUCAUGCUCGCGUACCUCAUCUCGCACCCAACCGAAGGCCUCAUACUCUACGAAACGGGCGCCGGCGCCGACUACCCGGAAGUCGUCGGCCCGCAAGUCAACGACGUCUUCACGCGGGUCGACUACACUCCCACCAUGGACCUCGCCGCACAGAUCGCCUCGACGGGCAACUCCAUAACCGACAUCAAGAUGGUGAUAAUCGGACACCUGCACCUCGACCACGCUGGGGGUCUUACCCCCUUCCGCAACACGGGGAUCCCCGUCCACGUGCACGAACUCGAGCUCAAGCACGCCUUCUACGCCGUCGCCACGCGCUCCGACCUCGGCGUCUACCUCCCCCACUACCUCACCUUCGACAUCAACUGGGUGCCCUUCCACGGGUCGUUCCUCGAGCUCGCGGCGGGGAUAAACAUCCACCAUUCCCCCGGCCACACCCCCGGGCUGAGUAUCUUGCAGCUUAACUUGAGGGAGUCCGGCACGUGGGUGUUCACGAGCGACCAGUAUCAUGUCAAGGAGAACUUUGAGCAGGAUUUGCCGCAGGGGUGGUUGGCGAGGGAUCACGAUGCGUGGGUGCGGAGCCAUCAGAUGAUUAAGGGGUUGAAGAGGAGGACGGGGGCGAAGGUCGUGCUGGGGCAUUGUUGGGAUACGGUGAGGGAGUUGGGGAUUGAGUUUGGGGGGAGGGCUUAUGAGUAG